AUGACUGACCUUGCGGCGCCGAUGAAUAUGAAUAUGAAGAGGAAGGAUGUUGAGGUGGUGGCCGGCCAUGGCUUCUCCAUCUUCCUUGAUCCUAAUAGGAUCAAACUACAGCUGCUGCCUCCAUAUGGCAUGGAUGGCAUGAUUCUCGACAUGAUGGAAGAUGACGAUCCACCGGCACGUGCUCUAACUCCUACUGCUAGUGCACCAACCAUUGUCCAUGACAAGGUGAACAUUGUAUCUGGGGGCAAAUCUUCAGAGCCAUCACUCAAGUUCAGUGAAGAACAGGAUACUGCUGCAGCGACACCGAUGGACGUCGAGGCAGAAGCCCAGCAACACCAGCCAUGCCGGAAUGCUCCUUUCUUUUCGGGUUAGUGACAAUCAUCUCAAUUGUUAACAUGGAAAACAGAAAGGACGGUAGUAUGCUGUCUGGUGAUGUUUAUCCACAAAAUAGGCUGGAAUAUAUUGAAUUAUAAUAGCUUGUGAGAUGAAAGAUCUUUUUUUAGCCAUUUGAAUUCUGAAUAUCCUACUGCUUGC